UUGAGUUCGUAUUUUUAUCAUAAUUAGUAUGAUGAUAAACCAUAAUAAAAUUACGUUUGUUAUGUUUCUGGUUUUUUUUUACAACAAGUCUAAAAUAUUUUCAGUUUGUUUACCUACUAGAAGGCUCCGAUAAGGUGGUUUACAAUACUUAACACUCCCACAAAAUGGGGAGUAAACUGAAACCAGGUGGGGUCAGACGCCACCUGAAAGAGAAAGUGGUUCAGAUGUAUGAAGAUUUAUUCCAUGGCACAGAUCCCUGUGCUAACAAUCCACGUUUUUGGGAUGACCUUUUCCUGCUGAAGCCAAAAAUGUCUGCUUUAGAAGGUGAAAUUAGCCGUUGUACUUCAGAUCAGUUAUUGGGCCUGAAAGAAAAUAUCAAUACUCUCUUUGCUAAAUGUGUAAGCACUCUAUCUCAUGAACACCACAUAAGAGUGAUCAACGCAUUAAUGACACUCUGCAGUUUGGUGCGAGGGUUAUAUCGGAAGAUGCAAGGAGAUUAUGGUUUUGAUUUUAUUAAUAUAUUAAUUGGUUUUGAUGCUGCUGAAGAGCAGAUGCAACUACUACUCAACCAGAUAUCAAACUUUCUUACAGGUGAAUAUUGUGACAGCCUGAAAUCGUUGAGCCUUAAGUUUUUGUUGGUUUUAGCAACUGGAACUGACAACAUCAGUCAAAACACUGUUCUCGAGUACCUGACAAUUAAUUGUAACUUCGAUGCCGUAAUUCAACUUCUAAGUCAUUCAAGUACCCGCAAUCAGCAUGGUCCAGAAGCCGUUUUGUACCUCAUGUUGAUGGUUAACUACAGGAAACAUGAGAUGACCAACCCUUAUACUGUUAACUUAUCUUUGUUGGAUGAUGAACUCAUUUUAAAUGGCUAUGGACAGGUUAUUACAGCAUCCUUAGCUGAUUUUAAUCACAAAUACUCUGCGCAUUUCAUGGAACCUCAAGGCUCUGGAUGGUUUGCUUCUCUAACAUCUAUGGUUGGUUCUAUGUUUGUGUCCGAAGAAAUGGCUACUCGCAACGAGCAUAUAAAAUCAAACGACUCAUUCUUGCUUGCCUUGUAUGAGGCAGUCCACCUGAAUCGAAACUUCAUCACAGCCUUAACUACCGCUACUGAUCCUUCUACUCCCCCAUCACCUGCUAAUACUCUUGACCGGGGCAUUACUCCACCAACGCCUGAUUCACCAACAGCGCCUAAUCAGACUCCACAAACUGUAGAAAUGGAAGCCUCUGUUCAACCAACAAAUUUGCUUGUAACAUUCCUAGAGUACUGUUCCAUAGUGAUGCAAGAUACAAAGACAGAAGAAAGCCUGAAUAAUGUGAAGCUGUGUUUUGUGAUUAUUACCUGUAUAGCGGAAGAUCAGUACUGCAAUCUUCUUCUACAUGAUGCCAACCUUGUUUUCACUGUUCCUCUUCACCGUCUUCCUAUGAGACAUCGGAAAGUCAUUCCAGAAAAAACGCCUCAUGCUCGACCGUUAGCUUGUGCAGUUUUAGAUGUUAUGGUAGAGUUUAUGAUGUCACAUAUGAUGAAAAAACUUCCAAUUGAGCUCUUCCUUCAAAAUGUAAGCAUCAUCCACAGAUUGUUAUGUUACCAGAAGCGUAAUUCAGUAAGAUUACCUUACAACUGGAAGGACCUUUGGGCAGCACUCAUUGCUUUGGCAAAGUUUCUUGUGGCCAAUGAGUCAUACUUGGCAAAGAAAAUGAACAUAUUCAACUUAGCACAUCAGGUGAUGAAUAUCUUCAACUUGUUUAUUACCUACGGUGACACAUUCCUAUCAACUCCCUCAAGUUAUGAUGAACUGUAUUAUGAAAUUAUGCGUAUGCACCAGGUUUUUGAAAAUAUGUAUUCUAUGAGCCUUCGUUAUUCUCGAUCUGAUGGGGACUAUAAAGAAAGUGCGCAGAAGCUGACAAAUUGCUUGGGGAAUGUUAGGUCCAUCAUCAACCAUUUUACUCCUAAACUAGACAGGUGGAGUCAGGAACAUGGUGUGUCCACACUUACAGAAGAGCAGGUCUUAGAGGUGGUACGAAAUAACUACGAUAGCCUUACUCUGAAGUUGCAUGAUAGUCUCGACCAGUACGAAAAAUAUGCUGAAAAGCCUCAACACGCCAACUUUUUCACAAACAUGGUGCGUAGCAUACUAAGUGAUACUAGGCAGAGUAUCAAUUUUUGUGCCUUUGAAAACCUGUCUAUAUUACAAGAGCUUAGUCAGUCAUCCUAAAUUCUGUUUUGGGGAACCUGAAAUAAUAAAAAUUAGUGGUAAGUUUUUAAUAUUUAUACAGUACGUAUACAGUUAACAUGAUUGCUUAUAGCAUGAAGAUUGUCUGGGUAAGGUAAAGGUUGCAAGAUAUUAGUUGGGAUUUUGCAGAUAGGCUAUUAUUGAACAUUACAACUUCAGUAAACUUAUAUUUUCAGGUAAUUGUCUGCAGUAUUACUGCUGUGAAUCAAUAAUGAAAAGAAUUUUAUUUUACGCCUCUUUACCAGAUUUAUCCUUUCUCAAUGUGGUGUGGUUUUUGUUGAAAUGGCAAAAACUUUUAUAUACAAUUAAGCUGUGUAUCACAACUUUUUAUAAGUGCAUUAGUAAAUGUUUUUUAACCCAAAAUAUUUUAAAAUUCAAUUCUGCUAUGUAUGCACUUAUAUAGCUGCUUGAAGGAUUAGACUUAUAGAUAUGAGGAACUUAUAAAUACUUUGUAAAAGACAUUAAUGUAAUUGGAAAUGUUCAUCAUCUGUUAUUUUACCACAGUGGAGAAAUUCAUUGACUUAUUAAUUUUUGUACUGCUUUAUAAUUUCUUUCACAAUGCAGUAAAGGACUGCAUUUCAUAGAAUUGAAAAAUAUCUUUCAUUAUAUAUGAAAAUUAUCAUUCAUUUUAUAUAUGUAGUGUACAAGUUUACAAAAAUUUUCAUCAGACUUUAUGCUAAAGGCAAAUUUCAUAGCCUUAAAUAUUGUGUAAACCUAAUGUUUUUCUGGUCAAAUAGUUGCCUUUGAGGGAUUCUAGGUCUAUAAUGCAGAUAAAUGAAAGGUCUCAUAUGGUACGUACAUAUUUUUAUUUCUGAGCAGCUAUGUGGUAUUAAUUUCAUUUAUCAGUGCAGCUAUGUAGUAUUUAUUUAAUUUGUCAGUAAGCUGUUUGAUGUUAUUUACACAGUAUUUUGUGAUGUUUGCUUGAACGAUGCCUAGCUUGUUCUAUCAAAACCUUUUGGUCACUUCCUUUUCUCUCUCUCCCCACUUUUAUUUGUAGCCUUCCAGUCAUCCAGAUUCCCUCAGAGGUGCAAGUCAGGCUGUAGUAAUUCCAUUACCAAAUUCAAUUAAGAAUUUCAACAAAUAUAUGAAAAUUUAUACUAGAUGUGUGGACAUAAAGGUUUCAAGUUUUAGUGACUGAAGUGUUUCUAAAAGGCUGUAAGAAGAGAUACUUUUGAAAUUCUGUGUUCAUGUGAGGGCAGUUGGGUUCCUGUGUUUUAUGGAUUGUAUAUAUUUUUGUGAAAUAUGUAAUUAGCUCUUAAGGGUUUCAUACAGAAACUUUCAGUAGGGUUUAGAUAUGAAAGUACUUCUCAUUAUGAAAUUAAUUUGAGGCUUUUUUUUUAAGAAAUAGCCAAAAUUACUAUUUAAUGUAUAUAAUAUUGCUGUAGUUCAAAAAAUGUAUUUCUGUAUUCACUUUUGAAGAUUACACUUCAUGUAAUAUGCUAAAACAGUUAUUAAUAUAUCAGUUUUAUUGUAACCCAAUUACAUAAUACUCUACUGAUUCACAGUAGCUUUUGGAUAUGAUUUGUAUCUACUAGAGAUUUGGUGACUUCCCUUAAAAUAUUUUUAUCAGAAAUAAACUGUAAAACUCU